CUCGCGGGUGCGGAUUAUGGCUACAGUGACCUGCGUGUUGUGGGGAAUACUGCAGUGUGUCAGUAGCUAACCGGCGGAGGCGGACUUUAGGGGAGGGUCUGCCGAGGGGAAUGGUGUUGAUUAGGGGUACCGAGGAGUGCCGAGAUCAUAUUACAGAGACGGGGGGAAACAAUGUCUGUAAUGGCACAUUGGAGCCAUACAGCCAGGGACGGGUGAGCUGCCACAUUGGAUUUUCCCCGCGAAGGACUGGCUGCUCAGCACCACGACAGAUUCAGGGAGUGAGAGAUUAAUGCCUGCAGGAGAAGAGGGGAGAAUAAAACGUGUGCAUGGACCUGGGCUGAAACUCGGACACGGCCGGAGUGAAAAGAAAGUGCUUUUAGUUCCCGCAGCGCGGCCGGAGCAGGAGACACGUUAUUGUUUUGUUUAUAGACGCCCGCCUCUAGUUUGCUUCCCGGGAAUCGGACGUCGCCGGUAUAGAGAGCAACACGGCGGCUGCUGUCGGGGAGGGGGGGACGCACCACCAUUACGGGAUGAUCUGGACAGCUGUAGAGCCGAUCAGCCGUACUUCAUAGGUAGCAGAGAAAUUGCGUUUCUGUCAGGGGCAUACCCCCGCAAGGCUCUUCGAUGAAGAUACAUGCUUUUUUUUUGCUUGUUGUACGUAAAUAGGUGUUGAUAUUUUUUUCUGUACAGCCUAUUCGCCAGCAUUGUGAACGGGACAAAGAAAUCUCGUCUUUUUUCCCCCCCGUGUAAUGUUGCCCCGUUUCGCCCAUCCUGCGUGCCGCUAGAGCUCGGUCUCAGUCACGGCGAUCAUGUUUGCCGUCCGCAUCGUCAGCGCUGAUUACUACUUGGCCAGUCCCUUGGAGGGCUUGGACGUCUGCUACUCGGAUUUCAGGGAGAGCGACGUGAAGAGGGUGCCGGUGGUCCGGAUCUUCGGCGCCACACCGGCAGGCCAGAAGACUUGCCUCCACGUCCACGGUAUCUUCCCCUACAUCUACGUUCCCUACGAUGGCUACGGGCAGCAGCCGGACCGCUUCCUGCGACAGGUGGCCUUCAGCAUCGACCGCGCCGUCAACGUAUCCAUGGGGAGUCCCUCGUCUAACUCGCAGCACGUCUUCAAAGUCAUCCUGGUGUCUGGCAUGCCUUUUUACGGAUUCCACGCGAAGGAGAAGCAGUUCCUGAAGAUCUAUCUCUACAAUCCCCAGAUGGUGAAAAGGGUCUGCGAGCUCCUGCAGGGCGGCGCUGUCAUGAACAAGAGCUACCAGCCCCACGAAGCUCACAUCCCCUACCUGCUGCAGCUGUUCAUCGACUACAACCUGUACGGCAUGAACCUGAUCAACCUGGGUGCAGUCAAAUUCCGGCGGACGUGGCGUGGAGAGAAGACCUCGUCCACCCCCCAGGACGGACAGGCGGCUGGCAGGGGGACCCCUGGCUGCCACAGGAAGACUCCCUCUACCCCCAAGCUGUCAGAUUCCACACUAGGGGGCAGCAUUGUCCGCUGGGAGGAGGACGCCAUUCCCUGCUCCUUGGUGCUGGAGGAGGUGGAGAAGCAGAGCACGUGUGAGCUGGAGGUGGAUGCUGUGGCCGCGGACAUCCUCAACCGGCUGGAGAUCGAGACUCAGAUCGGCAGGAACCCGGGUCUGCAGGCCAUCUGGGAGGACGAGAAGCAGCGACGUCGGGAGAAGAACGAGUCGUCCCAGAUCGAGACCCCCGAAUCUCAGGACCGGGGCUGCGUGGCUUCCAGUGAGAGCGAGAGGGUCUUCAUGAGGAGGCUGAAGGACAUCCUGAGGGAAAAUGACUUCUCCCUGACUCAGUCGGGGUCGGUGUGCGGCGUCGGAGAUGAGUCGCAGAUGUUUGCUGUUGAGCUCUCCCUGCAUCCUGAUGUCCUGACCCCAGAGGCCCUGAGGUGCACCCCGGCCAAUCUGGUAGAGGUCCACAAAGACACGCAGACGGAUGCUAAAAGGUUAAGUGGUAAAGACUCGGAAGAGGCAAUUGUGGACGAGGGGGCAAUCCUGAGUCUCUUGGAGAACAGUCAGACCUUCUUGCCACUUUCCCAAGGAGUCGCCCAGUCACCCAUUCUUGACAACAGUCAGGCUAUGGUGGACCUGCUUGUAGGACUGGAGGAUGAUGGCUAUCAAGCUGACAGACCAAGGAAGAGCUCUCAACACAGCAUGUCGAUAAGUGCCAGAUGCCAUUACAACAGCGAUGAGGAGGAGACUGCCCCUGAGUUGGAGAGGCAGGAGGCGGAGCUUAGUAUGAUGAUGUCACAGAGAUGGGACUCUGAUGUCCCAGAACAUUCAUCACGGCGGAGACUGUCGGUGAAAGACGUAAACGACAGUUCUAGUGAGGAGCAACGAGACUCAUCGGAUGAAGACAUGGACUGGAGUGGGAACACUCUAUUCGCUAAUCUAUCUAUUCCACAGCUGGAUGGCGCCGCAGACGAAAAUAGCGAUACGUCAUUAAAUGACAACGGGCCUAGGACUCAUUCAUCUCUUACAGUCUCUGACAAGAUCUUAAGCAAACGGAACCUGUUUCCCUCAGAAACCGUGCAGCUGGAGCCUCCAUCUUCAGCUAAGGUGCUACUGGAAUGCAAGCACCCAGAGCACAGGCAAGCCCUCUCCUUGGACUCAGAGGAACCUAUAGACAAGCACUUCCUUUCCAAGAUUUCCAUCAGCCAGGACAGCAAAAAUGACUCCACUGGAUUUAAGAUGAACAAUGAGAGUCCAUACAUACAACCUGUGAAACAUCCCAUUACUUGCAACGUUGCGAGUAAACCUGAGAUCUCUCAGAUUGACGCCGGCAAAAUGGACAUAGUGCCGCUAUACACUUAUGAAAAUAGAGCAGGUACCCCAAACAAGUCUGACCCAGAUGGCUUAACCUUUGGAAACGGAAAGAUCACCCAAAGCAGGAAGAAAUACAGCAGCAUCAAAAAUAUGAAAAAGGACCGGGUUUCAGUCCUGCAGAACUGCAGGAGCUUCUCUCUGUGUUACUCCCAGAUGAGAAAAAACUGCUCCACCAAGGCAGAGACCGAGCUCAGCCCAAAGGACGGGAAAAGUACACUGCCGAGAGGUGUCAACUCAAGCCAAAGCCCAGCAGAUGAGGAAGAUACCGUAGCCCCGGGGGAGGAUGAAAUGGAAAAAAGCAGUGAGGCUGGAGAUGUAGGGGAGCUUAAGAUCAGGUAUGAGGACUAUCAGGAGAACAAGACGGAGAGAACCAUAAUGGGCCAGCAGGAGACACACUACAAGUUCUUCCCCAGUGUGAUACUUUCCAACUGCCUUAACCGGCCUGCCAAAAAGUGUCUGAGCGGCAAACUGGCCGAUAGUGGCGGUAAACUUCAGCAAGAACAUCGAAGGUCCAGGCUGAAGCUUGGUAAGAGAAAGGCUGCAGCGGCAAGCCAGAAGUUCAAGAUGUCUGGUGCAGGAAAUGUAUGCUAUGAGAUUCAGGACAAUCAAACGGCCAACCUAUCAAUAAAACCUCUUACCGAAAAGAGUGAGGAAGCCUUGGAAAACCUUCCAGUAGGACCUUCGGAGCCACUGAGUGGCACACGGGCUUCUGCUGAAACUUUUGUUGAAUAUAGGCUUGCUCCACCAGCUAAACCCACUGCACUAGCACAGUGCUGUCAACCAAAACUAUCAGGUGCCCCUGGCAGUAAGUACACAUUAAGAGCAAAACGCAAGAUGAGCUAUGAUAGUGAGGAUGGGGAGUCAUCUGCAAGUUUCCACCAUAUCAAGUCAGGACUUGCCACGAGAGACAGUCUCAGAGAUGCCUAUCUGAUAGGGAACCAUGAAUACAAGUAUCAGAAGCGCCGGAGAAUCUCAAAAAAGGAGCCACCGAUCAUCAUCAAAUACAUCAUCAUCAACAGGUUCAAAGGUCAGAAGAAUAUGCUUGUUAAAUUAGCCAAAGUGAACGCGGAAGAACAGAGGGUAGUUUUGACCCCAGAGAGGCUGGAGGAGUAUAGAAGGUUAGCGCCACUCAAGCAGUUCUGGCCCAAGGUUCCGGAGUCUACUGCAGUCAAAUAUCCUCUGUGUGAGCCAAAGGUAAAGAAAUACCCCAAACGUAAAACUAAGAUUAACCCCACACCAAAAAAACCCAAUACCCCACAAAAAUUAAAAGGCAAGGGUUUUAGGAUAAAACGAACUCGAGGCAGAAAUAAGUCAUUGACUCUACCUACCUUGCCUCCUCCAUCACCAUUUUACAACGAGUGUGCCGAUGAUUGCUUCACUGAGUACACUGACGUCAUGGUGGAAUUAGGCUACCUCUCGGAAAGAGCCUCCAGCCCUACAGAUUCUUCACCUCCUCGUUGUUGGUCACCCAGUGAGCCUCAGACAGACGCCUCUAACAGUCACUUGCUGAACCCAUUGAAUGACCCCUGUCUUAACUCGUGUCAGGAACCCACCGCAGAGGUUCUUGGUAGAGGAGCCCGAAACAGAGGUCGUGCCAGUAAGCUGACCUCUAGCAGCCCGAGAAGGAGACGGGGCAAGGCUGCAAAAAAGACAGUGGCAGAGGAGCCCAUUAAGAAGCAGAGCACAAGAAGCAGAAGAACCCCGAGGGGUAAAAAGAAAGAGGCGAAGAACACGCAAGGCUCAGGACACGGCCAGAGUACAGCAGCUCCAAAAAAACCCAGGAAGCCACGCAAGAAGAAGCAAAAAGAGCCAUCCAAUGAGUCGCCCUUGAGUGAGCAGCCCAGUGGCUCACAAGUCUUGUUCCAAGAGGAAGAGUUGUCUCCUACAGGGGCUUCAUCUGUGGAUCUUCCUUCUUUUCAGGUGCCUGUGUCCAAGAAAGAAAGCACGGAUGAUGUUUGUUCACAGUAUGUUGCCAGUUCCUGUAGUCAACCCUUGACAUCCGACAUUGAAUUAAAGUCUGAGACCUGUGAGACUUCAAUCUCUGAAGCUUGUGAGCAACUAGGAGUCAACCAUCAGGGAAGUGAUGCGUGCAGUGAGAAUGAUCCCAGUGUAGCAUCUGCGAGUUCCCAGGAGAUGCUGAAUCCAUCAGAGGAUGUGAAAUUGCAAGAUCGUUGCUCAUCAGGUCCUAGCAUCGGCCUUCCGUGUUCCGUCAUCACUUACAAUAGAUCGAACUCAAAUCCUCAAAGUUGCACUUCAGCGGAAGUGUGCAGUUCCACAAAACCCUCUGAAAUCAAAACGGAGAUUGAAAGUGAUGUUCCUUUGAGCUUUGAGGAAACCCAAAAGUCCUUAAGUUCAGAAGGGAAAAUGCCAGGUAAGACUAAACGACGUGCAUCAAGGAAGAAGGAAAAAGGAGCAGCUGCUGAUUUAACGCCUCCUAAAACCAAGCUUGCGUCUAGAUGCAAGUCAGGAGGUACUGAGGAAAUUGCCAAAGAAGCGACUCCCAGGAAUGGAGAAAGACUUUCUGUUCCAGAAAUGCCCUCUGGUCUUGCUGUCCUAAAAGAGCUUCUGCAAAAAAGGCAACAGAAAAUGCUAGGGGAAGGGACAGUGUGUGAAGUCCAUCCUGCUACAAGUGACCCAGCAGACAAGGUUCCAAAAGCAAAAAAAGCCGCCUCAUCCACCCCGCGGAAGCCUAGAGUCCCCAAGACGCAAAUUCCCAAGGAAAAGAAACCUAGGGGUCGGAAAGGUAAAAACGCAGUACAGGAGGAGCCUUUGAAAACAGAGCCUCACUUAUCAGAUGACAGCCCGGCCUUCCUGUCAGACCCUGGCUUUGACAGCUGUUAUUCUUUUGAAGAUAGCUUGUCUCCCGAACUCCCACACAACUACAACUUCGACAUCAACUCCAUAGGCCAAACAGAGUUCUGCAGCCUUUACAUGGGGAACCAGUUUGUGUUAGCUGACAAAAACCUGCCCCAGAAGUUCCUUAGUGAUGUAACCCAGGAGCCCAUGCCGGUAAUGGCCCUGGGCUUAGAGAAGAUGGCCGAAAAGGGCUCUGGUUUGGGGGAGGAGCUGCAGUGUGGUUCGGAAUGGCACAAGAUGGGGCCGCUCAGCCCUGACCUCUUCGACAGAUCUGCAGAAAACAAGGAGGGCCUCCCAACUCACUUGCCAGCAUCUUUACUGGAUUCCGAUAGUGGCCAGGAGCUUCCUGGUGCCAGGAUUAUGAAAACCAGGGAUUGGGGACCCAUUGGCAAAGCCCAUGGCCUCAGCCACUUUCAGGGCUUCCACUGUGAGAGACGAGACCUGCUACUUGCCUUUGACCCUUUAUUGCCGCUCUCAUUGAGCUCAAAGACCUUUGCAGAUAUUCUUGGAUCUCCUGUUGGGGAUCUAAUGGAAGGGAAUGACACCUUAACAACAACAACACCUAGUAGUUCUCCAAGGUCAGUCAGCUCACUGUCGCACGUUAAGAUGGGCAGUCAGGCUUUGAGAGGUUCCGGAGGCGCCCACAUUCUGAAGCCCCUCAUGUCUCCUCCGAGCCGGGAUGAGAUACUGACCACGCUGUUGGACCUGGAUCUCUCAGAAGCGACAUACCAGGAACCUUACUGCAGUGAUCCGUCUGAUGCCCCAGGAAAAGCCAGGGAAAUUGGUGGACGGAAGCUGGCAGUUGAGACCAGGCUAACAAGAGAGCUGUCAGAGUUCAAUGGGGAGUUCUCACAAGAAGGUAUUCAGUUUUGGAAGACUGCCUUCUUUGCCAUGACGCAUCCCGGAUCACCGUCAACACAUGGACCCGGCGUAACAGAGUGCACCCGGACCCGGGCCGACCUGAGCCCUGGCCCAGCUGGGGAUCAGAAGGUGGUGUUGCUGCCCUGCAGAACUGCGCCUAGUCGGGACCGGGUGCAACUCUGGCUGCAGACCAGGAGGGAAUUCCAGCACAUUCACAGGGAGAACAGAAAGACAGCUCUAGAGGACCUGGCUGUGUCACAUCGGGAUCAGAAUGAGCGCAUAAGCAGGACUGCAGAUUGUGUGGAAGAAUGUAAAGAACAGUCGACCAUGAUCCAGGAAGAUGAGUCUGAAAAAGCCACCAGCCCACAGCCCCUAAAGAAAAGGGGGAUGGACCUGGGCCUCAGAACUUCUCCUUUGGAAGUAAAAUCUCAUCACACUCCUAAGAAACAUGGCAUUGGUGCUAGGGCAAGGGAAGGCACAGUGAAGGAGGAAGAGGAUGACCAGUACUCCGGUCAGUCCAGUUCUCCAGACUUGCCGGACCUGCCGCCCUGGCAGAAAACAGCUUGGCCCUGCUCAGCUGCCGCAGAGUCCGUGGAGGAGUUGGAGAAGAAAGAGCUGGUGCCAGAGCUGUUGCUGCAGAGGCUCACUGGUUCUGGUGACCCACUCUACCCGUCACCUGAAAGUAGUCGGGAUAUAUUUCCUUGCCCCUCCCCCUUCUCCCUCACGGCCCAUGGUGGGGAGAAGGUCAGCCCCAUCCUGCUCCACAGUACGCCAGUUAUUCAGAGGCGGAGAAGCAAAGGUGACUCAGAGCCCAUCUGCAGCACUCCUGUGAUUGAAGACACAGAAUCGAGAUCACAGAGACUUCAGCAGCGGAGAGUCGGGGCAGCAAGCACGCUGAGGAGAGUGCUCCUCACCACUCACAUGAAGAACCAGCUUACCGCUUUGAACAUUCCAAAGGCAGACAGCUCAGAGAUCGAAGGUCCAUCCAUCAGCAACUCCUAUGGAUUCCGAGUCAGCAUGCAGAACCUGCAAGAUGCCAAAGCGCUCCAUGAGGUGCAGUACCUAACUCUGAUGUGCAUGGAACUCCAUGCUCGCACUCGCCGGGACCUGGAGCCUGACCCAGAGUUCGACCCGAUAUGUGCCUUAUUCUACUGCCUGAACUGUGACGCACCCCUGCCCAGUUCCGACAGGACCCAGCUGGUUGGUGCUAUAGUGGUGGACAAGGACAGCGGCAGUUGGGAUCAAGGUACCAGAAGCACAGCACCUCUGCUGGUAAGAUCGGGGGUUUCCAACCUGCAGGUCACUUACACCGUUGAUGAGAAGGGGCUCUUCCAGGAAGUCGUUGACAUCAUGAGAAGGUUUGACCCAGACAUCCUGCUGGGGUAUGAGGUGCAGAUGCGCUCUUGGGGCUACCUCUUGCAGCGCGCAGCGGCCAUGGGGGUGGACCUGUGUCAGCAGCUGUCACGAGUGCCGGGUGACUCAAAAGAGAACCGGUUCUCCGCCGAGCGGGACGAGUACGGCUCUGACACCAUGUCCGAGAUCCACUUGGUUGGCCGCAUCACUAUCAACCUGUGGCGGGUAAUGAAGACGGAGGUGACCUUGAACAGCUACAGCUUUGAGAGUGUGGCGUUCCACGUCCUGCACCAACGCUUCCCCCUGUUCAGCGCCCGCACCCUCUCCGACUGGUUCGACCACCACACCGACUUGUACAGGUGGAAGGUGGUGGACCACUACAUAAGCCGGGUGUGCGCCACCAUGCAGCUGCUACAGCAGCGUGACAUCAUCGGCAGGACCAGCGAGCUGGCCAGGGUUUUUGGGAUCCAGUUCUACCACGUGCUGACCAGAGGAUCUCAGUACCGGGUGGAGUCCAUGAUGCUCCGAAUCGUCAAGCCCCUCAACUACAUUGCAGUGUCCCCCAGCGUACAGCAGAGGGCCCAGCAGAGGGCGCCCCAGUGCAUCCCCCUGAUCAUGGAACCAGAAUCCCGUUUCUACAGCAACUCUGUGGUAGUGCUGGAUUUUCAGUCGCUGUACCCCUCCAUCGUCAUCGCCUACAACUACUGCUACUCCACCUGCCUGGGCCACGUGGAGAGUCUGGGCACGCAUGACGAGUAUAAAUUUGGCUGCACAUCUCUGAGAUUUCCUCCUGACAUCUUAUCUCAGUUCCGCCAUGACAUCACCAUUUCUCCAAACGGCAUCGCCUUCGUUAAGCCGUCGGUACGUAAGGGUGUCUUACCCAGCAUGCUGGAGGAGAUCCUGAAGACCCGCAUCAUGGUCAAGCAGUCGAUGAAGGCCUACAAGCACGACAGGGUUUUGACGCGUCUUCUGGACGCCCGGCAGCUGGGGCUGAAGCUUAUCGCCAACGUCACCUUUGGCUACACGUCCGCCGGCUUCUCCGGCCGAAUGCCCUGCGUGGAGGUUGGUGACAGCAUCGUCCACAAAGCCAGGGAGACCCUGGAGAGUGCCAUCAAACUCGUCAACGACACUAAGAAGUGGGGGGCACGCGUAGUGUACGGAGAUACCGACAGCAUGUUCGUGCUGCUGAAAGGAGCCACCAAGGAACAGGCCUUCAAGAUCGGGAACGAGAUCGCCGAAGCCGUCACUGCCACCAACCCUAAACCUGUCAAGCUCAAGUUCGAGAAGGUUUACCUUCCCUGCGUGCUCCAGACGAAGAAGCGCUACGUGGGCUACAUGUACGAGACCCUGGAGCAGAAGGAUCCCGUCUUCGACGCCAAGGGGAUUGAGACUGUGCGCCGAGACGGCUGCCCAGCUGUUUCCAAGAUCCUGGAGCGAUCCAUCAAGCUACUGUUCGAGACGCGAGACAUCAGCCAGGUCAAGCAGUACGUCCAGCGGCAAUGCAUGAAGGUCCUGGAGGGCAGAGCCAAUAUGCAGGACCUCACUUUUGCCAAGGAGUAUCGGGGCAGCGCCUCCUACAGGCCGGGAGCCUGCGUUCCUGCUCUGGAGCUCACCAGGCGCAUGCUGGCCUACGACCGGCGUUUGGAGCCGCGUGUCGGCGAGAGGGUGCCCUACGUCAUCGUGUACGGCAUGCCUGGCGUUCCCCUCAUCCAGCUGGUACGGCGCCCCCUGGAGGUGCUGCAAGAUCCGGGGCUGCGGCUCAACAGCGCCUACUACAUCUCCAAGCAGAUCCUGCCUCCCCUGGACCGCAUCUUCGCCCUAAUCGGCGUCGACGUGUUUGACUGGUACCGCGAGCUGCCCCGGGUCCAGAAAGCGUGUUCCACAGCCGGCGCUGGCGACGAGGAGGUGUGCAGGAAGGGCACCAUCUCGCAGUACUUCACCACCCUGCACUGCCCCGUCUGUGACGAGCUGACCCAGCUGGGCGUGUGUGCCCGCUGCCGCGCCGAACCCCAGCGCGUCGUCGUCACGCUGCAGCAGGAACUGCGCCAGUGGGAGGCGCAGCAAGAGCAUCUGCUGAAGGUGUGCCGGAACUGCAGCGGCGCUGCGGAACGCCAGGUCCCAUGCGUCUCACUGGACUGCCCGGUUCUGUACAAGCUGUCUCGGGUCACGCGGCAGCUGUCCAAGGGCCCCUACCUCCGGCAGCUCCUGGAGCAGUUCUGAUGUUCCGGAUCCCCGUCAUUCACACUCGGCGACGUUGUGGUGCUAAACGCCCAGUCUCUGUUUUGAUUUUGUGUUUGUCUCUCUUUUUUUUUUUUUUUUGGUUUUGAAUGGUGCUUUGAUCUAACAUGGUUAGGUUUCAAUUUUUGCCUAGUCGCUUUCUGUUAUACAAGUAUUUCUGCUAGCUUGCUGGUGCAGGUGGUGGCUGGCCGGUCAUCCUCGUUCACCGCGUUCCCGGCUGCUAUUGGUUGUACAUAAAGCAGUGUUUUUUUUUGGUUUUUUUUUUUGGCUGGCAUAUUUCAGAGUGUCGCUCGGCAUUAUGGGAAAUCGGAUCUAUGAGGACCGUUCUGCGUUAUGGUUUUUCUACGCGCUGUAACUCUUUGUAAAAACUUUGAGGUCUAAAUGUUUUUUAUGGGGCUCCUUCUGACUCCAAGGUAGCAGGAAAAAAAAACCACUGAUUAAAAGAUUGUUUUUAUAUAUGUAUAAAUAUAUAAAAACCUUUUUAUGUAGAAAUUCUCUCAUUGUAAAUCUAAAAUCUGUGUGCGCCUGCAUUAAAA